AUGAAGACAUCAAAAACUUACACAGACUCCUCAGAUUGUUUCCUGUGCUCAGAUGACAAAUGGCCCAAUUUGGCACGUGAUCAAUGUCUUCCACGGGAGGUUGAGUUACUGUCCUUCAGUGAUCCUCUAGGAAUCUCACUGGCAAUGACAUCCAUUCUUGGCUCCGCUCUGCCAGGAUUUGUUUUGUUUCUCUUCAUCAAGAACCGAGAUACCCCACUAGUCCGAGCCAAUAACCGGGCCCUCAGCUUCCUACUACUUGCUGGUCUCACCUUCUGUUUCCUCUGCCCUGUCCUCCUACUCCUCCCACCAGGCAAUCAAAUGUGCCUCAUGCGUCAAGCAGCCUUUGGAGUGCUCUUCACCUUAUGUGUAUCUUGCCUUUUGGCCAAAACCCUCAUUGUUGUCCUAGCGUUCCGAGCUAACCAACCUGGGGGAUGUAUCAGAGUGCUAAUGGGACCUCGCUGGCCCAUUUUGAUUGCCCUAAGUUGCACUUUUCUCCAGUUCAUUCUUUGUCUUUUUUGGAUCAGUGUUGAUCCUCCUUCUCUAGAGCAUGAUGUUAAAAGCCAACUGGGAAAAGUAAUAAUCCAAUGUAAUGAUGGCCUUGGCUUCUGGCUCAUGCUGUGUUACCUAGGUCUUCUGUCUGCAAUAUGUUUUUUAGUUGCCUUUUUGGCAAGAAAACUACCUGGAGCCUUCAAUGAAGCAACUCAUAUCACCUUCAGCAUGUUGGUGUUCUUGAUUGUCUGGGUGUCUUUUGUUCCAGCAUACCUCAGCACACAAGGCAAACUGUCCGUGGCAACAGAAAUAUUUGCCAUCCUCUCCUCCAGUGCAGGACUUCUGUUUUGUAUCUUCUUUCCAAAAUGCUAUAUUAUUCUUCUGCAGCCCCAGCUCAACACAAGGGAAUUGGUUUCUGGUCACCAAAGAAGACAUUCAAGGAAGAAUUUAGGAUCCUCAUGA